AUGGAGUGUAAUAGUACCAGUUCUAAUUUAUCCUCAGUUGUUGAAGAUAGUACCAAGGCGGGAAUUUCGGAACAAAGAUUAAAGAAGACUGAAAAACGAGGAAGAACUUAUAGUUUUUCAAUCGAGUGGGAAGAAGAGAUAUUUCAGAUUGGAAUUGAUCAAGAAACAUGUUACUGCCUGCUUUGCAGAAAAAAGAUUUCGAUGAAUCAGAAGCUAAAUCUGAAAAGGCAUUUUGAUACCUGCCACGCUGAAGUUGAUCAUUCGCAUCCGUUGGGAAGUGCACUGCGCGCAGAAAGGUUACAACAACUGAAAGCUGAAUUAUCUCAACGCUGUGGGAAGGUAAAAAAUGGAGAUAUUGUGAGUACUAAUCCCCAUGAUUGUACUUUAGCGUCGUUCGAUAUUUCUUUCCAAAUUGCGAAAGCUAUGAAACCUUUCACAGACGGUGAUUUUAUCAAAAACGUCAUUAUUCAAGCAGUUACUAGGUGGUUUCCAGAUGAGGAUAACCGAAGAGAAUUUGUGAACAUUGUGCAAAAUACGCAUCUUUUUCCUGCUACAAUUACGAGAAGAUUGGACGAAUCGACAGAUAAGUCUGAUACUGCUCAGUUAGUUGUGACUCAGUCAAUGACGGGAAAAAUUACAGGAUUCACUGGACAAUGUUUACGUGACCCAGAUUUUCCACGUUUUUUAUCUUUCCAUUGCAUAAUACACCAAGAAGUAUUAUGCGAGAAAACUUUAAAUAUAAAAACCGUGUUUGAAGUAGUGGAAAAAGUGAUAAAUUCAUUUCGCGCGCGUGCAUUACAGCACCGACUGUUUAAGCUUUUGCUUGAGAAUGCUUCAGCGGAAUUCGCGGAUUUAUUGUUACUUAACGAAGUAAGGUGGUUGAGCGCUGGUGAAGUUGUGAUUAGAUUUUUUAAUCUUCUUCCAGAAAUACUAGCCUUUCUAGAAUCUCGCGGUGAACACUGCGACGAGUUUUAUGAUUCUGCAUGGAUUUUAGACUUGGAAUUUCUUGCGGAUGUUUUAAAAGAAAUUAACGUUUUGAAUAAAACGUUGCAAAUGCAGCAUGUUGCAGUGUGGACUUGUUUACAAUGGAUUAACCAGUUCAAAAAGACAAUUGACAGGUGGAUUAGCAUUAUCCAACGCAGGACAUUCACCGAAGAGUUAAAAAAUGUUCAACAUGCUAUGGAACAGCAAAGCAUAAUGCUAUCUCCUGAAGUAGAACAUCGAUAUCUUCAAAUUCUAAAAGAAUUAAAAAAAGAUUUUGAAGAAAGAUUUGAAGAUUAUGACACUAUCAAGCUCAUUUUCAAUUAUUUAACGAACCCGCUAAUUGACUUGGAAGUGCCGUAUAUGGAAGAAUUGUGUGCUCAAAUGUCGAAGCUCUUUCAGAUCGAUGAGAACAAAGCUGUCAACGAGAUGAUUCGCUUAUCUACUGCUUCGUGGACUGGAAUGAGAUGUGAAGAUUUUUGGAGGCACCUGGAAUUUUCGGAAUAUCCAAAUCUGAUCACAGUCUUCCAGAGAAUAUUGUUUAUAAAUGGAACUACUUGCCGUUGCGAAUCCAUGUUUUCUUUAAUGAAGAACAUAAAAUCUAAGACCAGAUCGAGCAUUAAUGACGGAAAUUUAAAUGAUGUAAUGUGGCUUGAAGUGACAACUUACACUCCUAACAUCGAGGCACUUGCGCAAAAAAUGCGUUUGUAUACCAGGAUGCACUGA